ACAGUACAUUGGAGCUAUCCCAUUUUGUUUUCUUUAUUUGCAUACAGUACUAAUUCGGGAUUUGGGCGCGUCUCUAUUCCCGACAGUUCAGCUUUUCCGUUGUGUUGAAAGAUAUUUGUACCCUACUAUCACACCAAACCUCCUCAAUCAUUUCUGUGUGAACUUCGGCAAAAUCACUGUGCUUCGGAUGGAAGUUGCGUCGGCUCUGCGAGUGGAAUGUUUGCUAGAUGUCCAAGAUACGUUCUUCCGCGGCAGUUUUGAAUGUUUUCCAUUUGCUCUAAUUAAUGUAGUAGGGUAGAAGUAGGCGACGUCAUGUAAGUAGUACACUUCGAGCACCCAAACAUUUUAGUUUCGAAAAGAGGCUGGCUGUAGCCUACUGAGUCAUCAUGCAAGAUUGUCUCCGUUCGGUCGUAAAAGGAUUAUCUGUCAAAUGUUUUCGGUUACUCUAAGCUGUGACAGUCAUGUGUUACAAGCUAACAUCCGAGGAAACCAGCCACGCUCAACUAAUUCAAAGUUUCCAACUUCACCGACGUUCAAAAAACAAGCAGCUAUUUCCAAAUUUGUAACAUUUACAAUACACUGCUCCUGACGACGAAGACGGAUGUUCAAAAUAUGAUGAGGACCUGUGACCAUGGAUGGACCUGUCACGGAAUAACUAGUCCACUCUAACUGGAACAGUAACCAAUUGAGAAUAUGGUUAUUUUAUUUACUCUUCUGUUUCUUGCACGUGUGCUUCCUAUCGGCGACAUUCUGUGACAAACAAGCAAUUUGUGCGCUGGGCACUGACUGUGGAUGGGACUUCGAUUUGUCUUCUGAAGCGGCUCCGCAUGGAUGGCCUAAAUAUAAGCUAUUUUGCAAGGAAACUGGUGUAGAGUGGAUAACAGGAACUGAUCUUUUAGAGAUGCACCUGAUGACUCUCUUCCCAUCCAUGGCUUGAAUACAUGCCUUUAUGGGGUUGAAUUUUAUUGGAAAAAGGAACUCUGAGGCCAGCAAUGUGAACACCUUCUGUGGAACAUUCGCAGCAUGGACAAAGAAAACAACUGCUGAAGUUGGAUAGGGAUGCUCUCUCCCUUCCUGUAAACAUCUGAUGUGCCACAAAACUUCAGCUGCACUGUAUAGGUAUUGGCAAGAAUGCUGGCUGAGUUAUAAUGGUUUUGAAUUUGAGGUCUUCAAUCAUACACAGUGAAGAGGAUCUACAUGCCAGUCAGUGACUGAUUCUCAGGUUAUAGAUCAGCCUUGCUCGACUGCACGUCUACCUGCCUACCAGCGGCAGGAUGUCUCAGGGUGAGCUGAUCGAGCUGCAGGAACUGACCCUGCGUGACCGGAUCGAGCUGACCUCCCCGCCAGAGCCCCGCACACCUCGUCUGGAGCGGGUCAACGCGCUACGCAUCAGCCCGGGGAAGGUUCCGGAGCUGCUGAGCAGGGUGCGCAUUAUUCGCCUCCUGGGGGAGAGUGUAGACCCACGUCUCACUGAUCAGACCGGGGAGGGACAUGACUUCCAGCCCUGCACUCAUGCCCACCCUACCUGGUGUGACCUGUGUGGUGAUUUCAUCUGGGGUCUAUACAAGCAGAGUCUGCGCUGCUCCAAUUGCAGGUUCACCUGCCAUUACCGCUGCCGAGGCCUCAUCCAGUUAGACUGCCGCCCGGGGCGGAUUUCCUUCAGUGACCAAUCAGAUAAUGUGGAGGACACCAUAGAAACAGACACCAACGUGGAUGAACAGAUCGAGUGGAGGAAGCAAGAGCUGUCUGUCAGUGAGAUCGAGCAGAAAGUGAAGGAGUACAAUGCCCAAAUCAACAGCAACCUUUUCAUGGCCCUUAACAAAGACGGCUCUUACACGGGCUUCAUCAGGGUGCAGUUUAAGCUGGUGCGGCCCGUGUCUGUCCCCCCGCCCCGUAAGAGUGCCCCGCCCCAGGAGGGGGGCCGGCGGCCCUCGGGGGUGAAGCGCCGCACCUCUUUCUACCUGCCCAAGGACACGGCCAAACACCUGCACAUCAGCUCCAGAACCCGGGCCCGCGAGGUCAUCGAGGCUCUGCUCAACAAGUUCACCGUGGUGGACAACCCGCGCAAGUUCGCCCUGUUCGAGCGCAGCGAGCGCCAUGACCAAGUGUACCUGCGGAAGCUGGGGGAUGAUGAGCGGCCUCUGCUCCUGCGUCUCUGCGCCGGGCCCAAUGAGAAGGCCCUCAGUCUGGUGCUGAAGGAGAACGAGACGGGAGAGGUCAACUGGGACGCCUUCACCGUGCCCGAGCUGCGGAACUUCAUGCGCAUUCUGCAGCGCGAGGAGGAGGAGCACGUCAAGCAGAUAGUGCAGCGCUACGCCCGCGCGCGCGACAAGAUGCGCGAGGCGCUGGCCACCAGCACGCCCGGCUGAGCCUCCACAGGGCCACCUGUCACCCCUAAAUCCAAAGAUCCCAGCUGACCGUGUGUAAGGACAGGGCAGUGGCACCCCACUGGUGCCAGACCUCUGCGAGAGAGAGAGAGAGAGAGUGAGAAUCAUGAAGUGCCUUCGACCUAGAGAGAAUGAGUUGUUCUUGUGAGAGAACGAGCGAGAGAGAGAGCAAGCGAGAGAGACUGUGGCUUUAGUGGAGCCUAGCUGUACCCAGUUGUGUCAGCCCCGGUAGACUCACCUUUCACCUCCAGCACUUAAUGUAAAUGCACAUUUGUUUGCUGCACUGGAGUGGCACAGACAAGUGCUGUGAAGCUGCUGCUGUUAAUGUCAGCACCUGGUCCCUUCUCCUGCACCUCCCCUGACCCUGUAGGACUCUGAGUGACAGGAGUGUAUUGGGACAGUUCUGUGAUUGACAGUGUGAUGUGUGGAUGUGAAGUCUGACCCCAUUGCAUUAAUUGCCAGGGCUAAACCUAGGCAUUGCUGAACUGGAAACUAGUGCUUUUAAAGGGUUGGGGUGGAAUUGACCUUCAUUCCUUUAAUGAGGGUUGUGAGAUGAAGUAUGACUGACCUAUGACAUUUGUGACCUCUAAUGCAUUGUAUUCACCUUUCUGUAUGUGUACUGUUUUUCCUUUUUUUGACCGUUUUGUAAUGUUCCGUUACUUCUAUUUGGGGAUGGAAUCACAGUACAUUACUUAUCCAUUUUUCGUGGUUCUGUGAGAACCCCCAUACCCCCAACUACUUCUAUAUUUGUCAAUGGUUCUCCUUUGCUCCCAACUUUUUCUGUUUCUUUUCUGUUCUCACUGUUAACUUACUGUUUGAAGGUUUUUCUUAUAAAAUUCUAAGUGAAAUUUUCUAGAGAAUGUGCACAAUAAAUGAAUCCCCCCCCACCUAAAA